AUGCUGUGGGCCACUAAGGGGGUUCGCCAGCUGCUCCACACCCUUUUUCCUGUCCCAAGAAUGGGCGAGUCUGCUUCUAAAAUCGUCAGCCCUCAGGAGGCCUUGCCCGGCCGGAAAGAUUCGAUACCAGUAGCCGCCAAACAUCAUGUCAAUGGCAACAGAACAGUUGAACCUUUCCCAGAGGGAACACAGAUGGCUCUGUUUGGAAUGGGCUGUUUUUGGGGAGCUGAAAGGAAAUUCUGGAUUCUGAAAGGAGUGUAUUCAACUCAAGUUGGUUAUGCAGGAGGCUAUACUUCCAAUCCUACUUAUCAAGAAGUCUGUUCAGGAAAAACCGGCCAUGCAGAAGUAGUCCGAGUUGUGUACCAGCCAGAACGCAUCAGCUUUGAGGAACUGCUCAAGGUCUUCUGGGAGAAUCAUGACCCGACACAAGGCAUGCGCCAAGGCAACGAUCAUGGUACUCAGUACCGUUCAGCCAUCUAUCCCACCUCUGCCAAGCAAAUGGAGGUGGCGUUGAGGUCCACAGAAGACUACCAGAAGGUUCUGUCCCAGAGUGGUUACGGUACAAUCACGACGGACAUCCGAGAGGGGCAGACCUUCUACUACGCAGAAGACUACCACCAGCAGUACUUGAGCAAGAACCCUGAUGGAUACUGUGGACUCGGGGGCACAGGAGUUUCCUGUCCAAUUGGUGUGAAAAAAUAA